AUGGUUUUCGUAAAAAUUUCGACAUUCCACUGGAUAGUGAUACAUAUCUUGCAUUACAUUUCAAUACCAUUAGAAUUACUUUCAGUUUGCUUAUUCUUAGUUAAGAUAAGCAAUACCAUAGAUAUUGAAGUUAUACCUUAAAUUGAUAAAGAUGGAUUCCUUAAGCUAUCAGACUAUGUUAAUCUAAUUAAUCCUUAAGUUGAUGCAUUUUUGUUUAACACUUUGAUGAUUACACUCUUUUGGAUAGCUCACAUCAAAAUGUCUAGCACUGCUUUCAAAUAGAAUAUGAAUAACUUGACUAAUAAUCUCUACUACUACUAUGAUAGAUCAGUUUUUAAUAUGACUGCUGGAAAAAUAAUGACUUUAAUCAUCUUUUUAUAUCAGCCCAUCGAUAUUGUGCUAUUUGAAGGAUUCAAUAAUAAUUAUGCUAAAUAUCUCGCAUUAGUCAUGCAGGUAUUUAGUAUUUAUUAUUUCCUUUAAACAUUUUGGGACUUGAGAGAGUCAGAUACUCUUGGCUUUGAUCACUUCAGACAUUUUAAAAGAGAAGGGACAGAGUUUCCAAUGCCAUUUAAGAUGAAAUAUAUGUCAAGAGCAGGCUUUAGUUCCAGACAUCCACUCAUGACAUUUUUCCUUACAUACCUUCUUUCUACUGUGUUAUAUGGUCCAAUCACUUUCGGAAGACUUUUGUUAGUUGGCUCAUUCUUUGUAUCAAUUUUGAUUGGUGUACAUCAUGAGGAAUAAGAAUUGAUUAAAAUGGGUGGUAAAGGAUUCCAAAUUUUUAUGAAUUUCAUACCCAACUUAUUCAUACCAGAUCUCAAAAUGUUCUUCAUGAGUGUCACUGAUUAUAAGAAAUUUGAAAACUCUUUUUGGGAGCAAUUGGCUAAGGUAGAAUGA